AGCACCUUCCGCUCAACAUUGACUUCCACUCUCACUACAUUUCCUAAAAUGAUCAUCCGAACUUUCUCCAACAUUCUUCUUUAGACAAAACUGAGUGGCAAAGAUUCUACCCAGCUCCAGAAGCUUCAUGAAGCUACUCUCCCCAUUCUCUUCAAUCCAAUAUAUAUACUAGUACACCUAGAUUCAUCAACAACCCAGAACCAUUAGCAAACAAGCAAGAAAAAUCUAGAUCUCUUUCUCAAUAAUUACAUUCAGAUUCAGAUUCAAUUUCUGUUCCUAUCCAACAGCUAAAGAUGUCCCUGAUUCAAUCCCUCUUUGAUCAGCGAAGCUUUUCGGAUCCUUUCCGCGGAUUCUUCCUCGAAAACUCAGACAAUAUGUUAGGAUCUGGGAACACCCAAAUGGACUGGAAGGAAACCCCUCACGCACAUAUCUUUGAGAUUGAUCUUCCGGGCCUUACAAAAGAGGACGUGAAGCUCGAAGUGCAUGAAGACAGAGUGAUUCGUAUAAGUGCGGAGAGGAAAGAUGUUCAGGAAGAGGACGAUAAGACCUUUUACAAGUGGCACUGCAAAGAGAGAUAUAGCGGCAGCUUUGCGAGAGAGUUCCGUUUGCCAGAGAAUGCAAAGGUUGAUGAGAUUAAGGCUUCGAUGAAAGAUGGGGUGCUUGUUGUAACUGUGCCUAAAAACGAGACCAAAAAUAAGGAUAAAAAGCAUCAUAAGGCGGUCGAGAUUUCUGGAGACGAAGGAAAUCCUCCAAAAGGACUUUCUCGUUUUGUUUGCUGCAAAGCUUGAUGAUUUGGUGUGUGAUAAUCUGUUUUCUUUUUCCUUUUCCGGGUUACGGUUUAUUAAGUUCUGUUUGUGUUAAAAUUGUAUAUUUUUCUACCAAAAGUGAGAUUAUGAAGUGUAUACAUAUGAUCAAAGUUGUUAAUGAAGAGCGAUUUGAGAUGAGAAUAAA